AUGGCGGUGUUUGUGGGAGGCGUGAUCGCCAUCCUGCUGUUCUACGGCGCCGUGCUGGCGGUCGGCGUGUGGGCCGGCACCAAGCAGAAGAACCAUGGUCAAGAGGAGGUCAUGCUGGCGGGCCGCAGUCUGGGCAUGUUCGUCGGCGUUCUGACUCUCAUCGCUACCUGGGUCGGUGGAGGCUUUAUAAAUGGCACCGCUGAGGCCAUGUUUACCAACGGCUUGUCGUGGUGUCAGAUGCCCUUCGGAUACAGCUUGAGUCUUUUAUUCGGCGUGCUGCUGUUCGUGAAGAAGAUGCGCGCGGCCAACUACAUCACCAUGCUGGACCCCUUCCAGAACAUGUACGGCGCGAGGACGGGCAGCCUGCUCUUCUUCCCGGCGCUCAUGGCGGACGUGUUCUGGGUCGGCGCCAUCCUCAACGCCCUGGGCUCUUCCCUGAUGGUCAUCCUGGGCCUCAACAUAACCAUCUCGGUGAUCGUCAGCGCUGUGUUCGCCGGCGCCUACACCAUGGCCGGAGGUCUCUACAGCGUGUCCUACACGGACGUGAUCCAGCUCUUCCUGAUCGUGAUUGGACUCGUGCUGGCCGUGCCCUUCGCCUACCACGACCCCAGCGUGUCGCAGUCGGCCAUGGCCGCGCACGACUGGCUGGGCCACGUGGAGCCGCGCGGCGCGGGCCUCUGGGUCGACAACUUCCUGCUGCUCGUGUUCGGCGGCAUCCCGUGGCAGGCCUACGUGCAGCGCAUCCUGUCCAUCAGGAGCACGCACAUCGCCCAGGUGAUGUCCUUCGGGGCCGUGAUCGGCUGCUUCUGCAUGGCCAUCCCGGCGGCCAUCGCCGGCAUCAUCGGCAGAGGCGCAGAUUGGCCAAAUGUUCCUGGAUUCGAAAGGAAUGUAACGGACGCCGAGGCAUCCAUCAUUUUACCGCUUGUGAUGAGGUACCUAACGCCCAAUUGGGUGGCCUGCCUGGGCCUGGGCGCCAUCUCCGCCGCCGCCAUGUCCUCGGCCGACGCCUGCAUCCUGUCCUCCAGCUCCAUGUUCUCCAGGAACAUCUACAAGGUCGCCGUCAGGACUGGCGCUUCGGACCUGGAGGUGCUGUGGGUGAUGCGGUGCGCCAUCGUGGCUGUGACGACGCUGGCCACCGUCAUAGCGCUCACCGUCGAGUCCAUAUACUACCUGUCGUUCCUGUGCUCGGACCUCGUCUACGUCAUCCUGUUCCCCCAGCUGCUGCUGGUCGUGCACUGGUCGCAGGGCGUCAACUCCUACGGCUGCCUCUCCUCCUACGCCGUGGGUCUGGUGCUGAGGCUGCUCUGCGGGGAGCCGGGGCUGGGCAUCCCGGUGACCAUCGAGCUGCCGCUGUACGACGCCGACACCAAGGAGCAGCUGUUCCCUUUCCGCACGCUGUGCAUGCUGUGCACCAUGGUGACGCACGCGGCAGUGAGCCGCCUGGCGCGCGAGGCCUUCACGCGCGGCUGGCUGCCCCGGAGCUGGGAUGUGCUGGGCGCCUUCUCCCGGGCCGGCGAGGCGGAGCUGGCCGCCUCCGGAGAGGAGAAGCCCGUCAAGAUGGGCCUCCACAACCCGGUGUUCGUGGAGGACUCUUGCAAGAACACGCACCUGUGAGCCCGACACUUGCCGGCGGCGUGCUCGCAAACCCCGCCGUUGCGCGAGUGCAUACAGCCGGGUUAUGGACGAGGGGACGGAGCUAUAUUGUCAGUAACAAGGCAUUGCACUGUAAAACAUUUUUGUGCUUUUUACAAUGAAACGCAGUUGCCAAUAAUAUAACUUGUAAAUCUGCAAAGGCAGAGCUUUGUGAAAUUACAAACGUUACAAAUUUAUGCCUUGCAAUUUUACAAGUGAUAUCGUUGGCAACCGAGUUUCCAAAAUGACUAUUCUUGUGAAAGUACAAAAAAAAAAAAAAAUUCUUCGCAGUGAGCAUGGACUUACGACCACCAGAUUUGAAAGCAGGGGAUAGCCACGUCUUCAAGUUUACGUGGUUAUUGCAUGAAGUUUCUUUUUUUUUUCAGCUAACUGUUGCGCCAUAUUGAUUACACGCCUAAAUAAUUGGCUGAAGUGUAGUGGAAACAGUUUUAAAUGACAUUUUGAUUUAUUAAACUGAUCAUUUUAAAUGACGGAGAUUCUAAUUGUUACUUACUAACCAUCACCAGACUUUCUCAGCAACUCCGCAAUGUUUUGAAUAGAAUUUAAUGGCGAAUACGAGGUUAAAAAAUGGCUUCAACUACGUCACAACAUGUCGUGUCCUGACAAUUCCUCAACCAUGUUUGAGAGAGAACAAACACACACACAUAUAGGUAUAAACUCCGCAGGGAAUGGUAAACUAUUUGUGGUCAGCCAGAAUAUAACUGUAUGGCCUAUACUUAAUUCGCCACAAAAAAUAAGUAAAUAAAAUAAAUUCUGAGGCAACAAUCAGAACUAGCCUAAGUGAAAGGAAUAUAUUUGAGCAGUUUUUGAACAAUAAAAAUAUUCUAUCAUUUUAUUUUUAAAAUUUGUCUCAUUAAAUAAAAAAUGUAUAUAAUUAAAUGGAGUGCCUGAAGUUCUUGUGAUUAGCUGCUACAAACGGUAUACCUCUAUGUUCAAUGGCUUUAAGUAUUUAAUAAAUUUUUCUGAAUUACUUCAACUGUGAUAGAACUGUCAGUAGAGACUAUAUGACGGUCAUAGAAUAUCUCAAUGUAUGAUUUCCGAAGGCAAAUUUUCAAUAUCGAACGCUAAAAAAUUGUUUUGGUAUAAAAACUGUUGGGACCAAUAUGGCGUCCCACGGUUCGUAUCCCUUCGCUGUGAGUCCUGUCUGCAAUGCCAGUCGCAGAAUAAUUCAUAAAAUGCUCUCCUAGGUUCGUAACCGGCUGGUCGCAGAUAUAAGUUAGGUGAAAUUAUUCUAUUACAGGGUGAGCCAAAAGUCACGAAGCUAUAUUGCUGCAUUGAUCAUCACGAAUUAUACUCCACACAUGGGUGUAAACAAUGUCUCAUACUUGGAUUUUAAGUCUGUGAAAAAUCAAUAGAAACUAAUGACAAUAAAAAAAACUAUAACCCCUUCGUGACUUUUGGCCGUUCUGUACAACUGCGACUGCCACAGAGUAGUGACUACGCGAAACAAUACCACAUAAAAGUAACUAAUUUGUUGCCUUGAUUUAUGCCUUUAAUGCACUUGAGAAAAGUAUAAAAUUUUUAUCUUUCAGAUUAAAUGUUUUACCGGUUGAUAUAUAUUUUUUCCUUCUAAUUUGAUAGUGGUUCUCACAGUGAUUUCCGUGCAAGACAAUUUUGGAAAUAAAUUAUUUUUAAUGCACGGCGAACAUUACUACUACUUCCACGACUGUUUGACCUUUGAAUCGACGGCUGCUCCAGGGCCCAGCGACUAGCCCUGCGCCGAUAGUUUUCAAUUAUUUCACUUGUUUACCUAGUGCUCUUGUUAACAUAUGGACAUUAAUGGGAGAAGGAAAAUAACAACUAUAUUAGCAUGUAAAUUAAAGUGCUGAUCAAUACAAAAUUUAAAUUCAUGAUUUCGUAUUAGAAGAACAUUACAAACUUUACGCGAUUCUAUCGGAAUAUGACCGUAAGCAUUUAUGAUAAUGACCCGAAAAUAAUUUAUCGAGGAAGAAUAACAACAUUUAUUAAGAUCAAAUUAGCAAAACCAUUGUCGAAAUUUAAGUUCCAGGUUGGCUUAAAAUCUUGUAUGAAAUUGUUAAUUAUUUUUUCAAAAUUUCCCGGGGAGAGUCUCGAUAUAAGUAAAACGAAUGUAUGGCCCCGCAGAGUCUAGGGCCGCCAUUACCGCGAAAUAAUUGCAAAAUGGGCUUAAUGAUAAAGAGCCAUACCAGCACUUGCCUGGAGUGAUAUUUGGAACCAUUUAAGACAAAAAUCAUGAUUGCCAGAGCUGGGCUCGAACCCGGGUGUCACGGGACGGUAGUCCGGCGUCGCGCCUCUACGUCACCCCUCUCGGUGGAGGAAGAGGAAAGAAAAAAAUAUUCCGACUUUAAAUGAUGACCUUCAAAGUUUAAUGAUUGAAAUGCUUGUACCAACACAGAACUUGAAAUUUACAAGGAUAUCUGUUUGGGACCUUGGGAUACUACUCAUGUAUCCUUAAUGCGUGUUAAGUGUCUCACGGAUAUCCACUCGUUGUCCAGUGUCUGCAUUUGGGAUUUCCAAUAUUACAUAAUACAAUUACCGUAUGUGAUAUAUUUAGGUUUAUUAAAUUCAAAUCCUUUAAGAUCUUACAAUUAUUGUAUACACUGGAACUGUUUGCGAGGUCGACCGGAGGAUAACAAAACGUAACUGUAAAAUGUCACAUCAGCACAGUAGGUGUUACAGUAAGUCCUGUUAGCUCAGUGGUUAGAGUUUGUGGCUGGUUUUCCAGGGGUCGAGGGUUAUAUUCUAGGCUGGGUUGGAGAUUCUAAGCUCGUACCUCAGGUUCAGGAAUGGAUUAUGUGUUGUCCUUUUACCUCCACGCUGCAGAAGGAAACAGUGAACCAUCUAGCAUCUGGGCCGAAAAGCACGCCUCCUUCCCUCAUGCUUCUUCUCGUGAUCAUAUCAUCAUCACCACCAUCAUCAACAUGUCACUUACAUAUGAAUAUCUUUCAGAAUGUGAUGGACGUAUUUGUAACCGUAAGGGCAGCGUAAUAAAUGGUACGUAUCGAUACUAGUAUUAAAUGUAUAUUGUAAACAUUUUUCCAGAUAUAUUCUGAAAUUACAUUUUUGAUUCAUGUUAAACGUUAAUAUGCAUAAAGCUUUAACGUUAUUAUUUAUCUUUCUCUAUCUACUAGAAAGCUUGCUCUUAUCGAUAUGUAUGCAGUUUACAAAAAAAAAAGGUUAAGUUAUUUAACGGAAAUAAACGGAUUCGUACAAUUUGCAGCGAUAUUCAUGCCUUUUAAAUGAAAAAAAGUGUUCUAAUGGUUAGGGUUUGACAGCCGCAGAAGAAUCGCUUCCUUAGAGAUGGGCGUGCGGGGGACAAUCAUCUCUAAACCUGACAUGGAACCAGGCCCCGAGAUGGUUUUCUGGUGUCGGAGGCGGGACAGAGACGACAGUUUCUUGAGACCACACACAGGCCAAUGGCAAAGUCAACCUUAACUCACCCCUCCCCCUUCCUCAACUCAAACAAUCUGGAUUUUACCUGGCUGGGAAUCGAACUUGGGUCGCUAAGUUGAACGGCGACCUAAGGGGGAUUAAGCCCCGUCGUCUUGGAUUUUCCCCUCUUUUUGCUAUAAUUAUAAUUUUGAAUUAUUAAUACCAAUUCUUUGGCAUGUAAAUGUAUCCAUCUUAUCUCCCAGAGCUUCUACACCUUGUUGCGACCACGUAAUAAUUGUUCCAGUCUGUAAGCGCCGCGAGGAAAUGAUUUAUUUCACGCGGGCGACUUCAACUGUCUCGUAUAAUCGCACCAGUUCACAAGUGCUGACGUCAUCGAGUAGACAAGGCUAAGUCCUAUCCCACGUCGACCCGAAAAAUUAAGCACAGAAGCUUUAUCGCAAGCGGUAUCAAAAUAUUUGAAAUCGCAAGUUGGCGAGGUUUAACCUCCCUUAAUUUAACAUUUAACACCUUAUUGAUGCACCUAUAUUGUCUAUGGUAGCUCAUUAUUUUUUUUUUGGUGAUUGCGCUUUAUUGUCAUUUUACUAGAAAAAAUAGGGUACUUUUAAUAGAACAUUUGUCACAUAUCAUGAGAAUUUCAGUUAUAUAGUAUAAUCCCAUUGAUAUAAUAUAAUAUUGAUGUACCUUGUCAUUAUCAUUGCUCUUAUAUUAUUAUUUUUCAUAAUAAAUUUUUCUGUAACUUGUGAGUGUGUUAUUCUGCAAAAAUAUACAUGCUACUUCAGUUUUUUUUACUCAAACGACCAUGGUUGUUCGACAUGCCUUAGCAAGGAAGAAAGUUGAAAGUAAAACUACUGUGUUCAUCCAUACUGUCGUUCAAAAUAAUUGUUCCAUCGCUGUGUUGUUAUUUUGUCUAACUGAAAUAAAAAAAUACAAA